AUGCUGUCAAUUCUCGGAAGGUUUUUGAAGUUGUGUUAUGGCCGGCCAAGAGCGCCUCUGUCGAUGACGUGUCGAGGCAUACCAAUAGUCCGUGAAGACCUUUUCGCUUACACCAAUGGCCAUUUCCUUGUCGAUGAGAAACAUCAAUUUAGUCGACGAUAUGUCCAGUUCGAUUUAGAUGCGCUUUGCGAUACCGUUGCCACAACCGGUGGGACCACCAGUCAGGUCACCGCUAUCGAGAAGAUGGAAGGGGGUUUCAGCAAGGCUUUUUUGAUGAAAAAAUUAAAUGGAACGGAAGUGAUAGCCAAAAUUCCGUGCCGCAUUGCUGGCCCCCCUUCAUUAACAACAGCUGGUGAAGUAGGAGUCUUAGAAUACGUCGGGAGGCACACCGGAAUUCCUGUCCCUCGUGUCCUUUCAUGGUCGUCGGAUAAUUCAAGUGCCGUUGGUGCCGAAUAUAUAAUCAUGGAAAAAGCUGCCGGAGUUCCUCUGUUUCAACGAUGGAGCAGUAUGACAGAAUUCGAAAAGCUACAGCUAAUCAAGAAUUUGACGAAACUUGAGGCUCAGCUGUCGUCUAUUCAAUUCCCAGCUUACGGAGGGUUGUACUUUCGGAAAGAUAUGAGCCGAUCAAACCGGUCCCUUGGUGGUGCAAUUGAUCCAUCCGAGUCUUUUUGCAUUGGACCUUCUUGCGAUCGGGCGUUCAUUUCUGACAAACCUCUAGAAAUUGACCAAGGACCUUGGGAUUCAAUCUCAAGCUUUGGAGUAUCUGUUGCAAGACGAGAAUUAUAUCGAAUAUCAAAGGAAGGCCAACAAAGCCGAUCGGGCUUUUACAGAGGAACUGUUGAGCAACAAAUCCAGCUUUUAGAAGCCACAGUGAGCCUCAUGAAGCUCUUAGACUCGAACCAAAUAUUGAGCGGAGUUUGUCAGCCUACACUGUGGCACACUGACCUUCAUAUGGGAAAUAUUUUUGUCGCCCCAGACGAGUGUUCAAGAAUAGUAUCCCUCAUCGAUUUUCAGUCAACCUCCAUACUUCCUGCAUUUCUCCAGGCCCAGUGGCCGAUUUUCCUCAGGCCUCCGCAAACGCACAAUUACGUCAAGGGGAUAUUCCAACCGCAACUCCCUGCCGAUUUCAACAAAUUAGAUGAGGAUAACAGAGCCACUGUUUUCCGCGAAUGGUCUCAGGUGAAACUGGCAAAGGCUUAUGAGGUCUCAACCUAUCUCGAAGACAGAGCAGCGCAUAAUGCCAUGAAUGUGCCUCGUGUCUUUCGAGAACUAUUUACUCGCUGCGGAGAAGUCUCGGAAGUGGGCAUUGUUCCGCUUCGUGCAUGCUUGAUAGAGAUUUUCCAGAAUUGGUCAAGCCUCGGCUUUUCUGAUAAAUGCCCUUACUCAUUUAGCCAAGACGAAGUCGAUGCGCAUGAAUAUCAGUUCGCUGAAUACCGAGCCUGGCACGACGUUCAAGCGCUUGCUGAAGAGUGCCUUGAUACUGACGCAGAAGGGUGGAUUGCGCCUCAGUUGGAUAUAAAUGAGAAAAGAAGGCAGAACGAGGAGCUACUAGCCUUGUACAUCGAAAAGUCUUCUGGGGAAAAAUCUGCGGAGGAGGCGAAAGCGAUGUGGCCUUUCCCGAUUGAGGCCUGA